AUGACAACAACAGUCCCAUUAAUUUAUUCAUUUCCUGAAUUUGAAGGUGUAGCAGAAGCUGUGGCGGAUCAUAUCAUAUCAGCUCAAAAUCAAACACUUUACAAUACUUUGGAUCCUCAACUUAUAGCAUUACUUAAAGAAGAACAAUCCAAAAGGCCAAGCUUAUUCCCAUCUUCAUCAACAGCUUCAUUCUCACAUUCUUCAAAUAAUCAUUCCCUAAGUCCAUCUACUUUAAAUUUAUCUUUAAGUACAUCUCAAUUAAAUUCUCAAUCAAAAUUAUAUACUGGUUCUUUAAAUAAUAGUAUCAACAAUAAUGGCAUAAACUCAAAUAGUGAUUUUUCACCUAAUAAUGGUGGAACUCCUAUUAGUAAAAAAGAAAAGAAGAGAAAGACUUCAGAAGUAAGGUUUAAAAUCGCCAUUUCCGGUGGUUCGUUAAUUAAAAUUCUUAAUCAAGGAUUAUUACCAAGACAAGAAUCUAUUGAGUGGGAUAAAUGGGACAUUUAUUUUGCUGAUGAAAGAUUGGUGCCGUUUGAAUCAAAAGAUUCUAACUAUGGAGAAUCAAAGCGUCAAAUUUUUGAUCAAAUUAAAGGUGAUAAAAAACCUCGUAUUUUCCAUAUCGAUGAAUCAUUAAUUGAUGAUAAUCAAGAAUGUGCGGACGAUUAUGAAAAAAUCCUUAUUAAUAAUUUUGCUAGAAAAGAUUCUGUUAAAUUACCAAUGUUUGAUUUAUUAUUGUUGGGUUGUGCUCCAGAUGGUCAUAUUGCUUCAUUAUUCCCAAAUCAUGGUGAACAAUUAAGAGAAAAAUUAGCAUGGUGUCUACCAGUAUCAAAAGCUCCAUCUGGUCCCGAAAAUAGAAUUACUUUAUCCAUACCUGUGAUAUGUCAUUCUGCCAGAGUUACUUUUGUUGUUGAAGGUUUAACAAAAGCUCCAAUCAUGAGAAUUAUUAUGGAAAGACCAGAAAAGGGAUUACCGAGCUCUAUUGUUAAUGAAGGUGCUGCCGGUAGAGUAAGUUGGUUUGUUGAUGAUGAUGCUUUGAAAGACUGUUACGAUGUUACCAAGAAGAAAUAUAAGUUCUUAUCAAUAGAUGAACCAACACCAGUAAAUUGA